AUGGGACUGGAAACCCGAGAGGGGACCCGCACCCCAGGAUGGGACUGGAACCCCGGGAUCUGCACCCCAAGAAGGGACAUGCACCCCGAGCAGGGACCCGCACCUCGGGAAGGGACUGGAACCCCGAGAAGGCACACGCACCCCAAGAAGGCACCCGCACCCGGGCAGGGACCCGCACCCCGAGAAGAGACUGGAACCCCGAGUGGGGACCCGCACCCUGGGAAGGGACCUGCACCCGAGGAGGGACCAGAACCCGGGAGGGGAUCUGCACCCCAAGAAGGGAUCAGAACCCUGAGCAGGGACCCGCACCCCGGGAUGGGACCGGAACCCCGGGAAGGGCCCCGCACCCCCAGAAGGGCCCUGCACCCCAGGAUGGGAUCUGCACCCUGA